AAUCAUUGUUCUUUUUACAGAGUGGGGAGGAAUGUUUUUGCGGAAAUGAAAUAAGGGUUUCUUUAAAGUCAUCACAUUGUACAUACGAAUGUGAAGGUAAUUCGGAUGAAUACUGCGGUGGUGAUUGGAAAAUCAUGAUAUACGACACACAGUCAAAUGAAAAUACGUCGACAACACCAUCAAGAGAAAAAGGUGUGAGUAGACAUCACGUGACUGAGACAAGCAAAAGUAACAGUCCACAGUCGAGUGUAACACACGUGACUGAGACUACCAAAAGUACCAGUCCACAGUCGAGUGUAAUUCACGUGACUGAGACAAGCAAAAGUACCAGUCCACAGUCGAGUGUAAAUCACGCGACUACGAUUAGCAAAAGUACCAGUCCACAGUCGAGUGUGAAUCACGUGACUGAGACAAGCAAAAGUACCAGUCCACAGUCGAGUGUAAAUCACGUGACAGAGACUAUCAAUAGUACCAGUCAACAGUCGAGUGUGAAUCACGCGACUGAGACUAGCAGAAGUACCAGUCAAAAGCCAGCAACAAAUCAUGAUACUUUAUCUACACUUGAACCAGUGAGGAAAACGAACACAGGCGAUGACAAAACUCCUGUUUCCUAUUUGUAUAUUUUAUUGCCAGUGGGAAUUGUCGUUAUAGCGGUGACAUUGGUUAUAAUUUUCUGUAAGAGUCGGCUCCGUUGUAAGAAAGAUUCCGAUCCAGUAGCUUCCAAUAGUGUGGUGUACGCUGCACCAUACAGCACGGCAUACCUUACUCCUGUACAUGAAACCGAACUUGAGCAUACAAGUGAAAUGAGAUCUGGGAAUGUUAAUGAUGCCAACAUUGGUAAUGACGUUUAUGACAGAGCUGGAAAUUAUACAGGAGAAUCGGAGGAUUAUAAUGUGAUCAACCUCAGAUCAAAUAAUAAGACUGUUCACAAUGAUUCAUAUGACACUUUGCAGGAACAUAAUGCUUGCUCGCCAGGUGACAGUAAUACGAUCUACAAUAAACUAAAAUUGUUUAACAGUGGGAAUCAAAAUAAAAGUGAGCUAUUGUAUGAUCAAACGGAUAAAGGAUCGUUAGAGAGUAAUGCUAAGAGACACUCGGUACACAAUGAUACAGAAUUAGUCCAAGGAUUCGAUGAAGAUAAGAAAAAAAGUGUUAAAGACAACAUUUAUGCUAAUGAAGAUGGGUAUAGUAAUUGACACUAAUUUAAAAUAGAGUUUCGACUCCGUUGUUAAAAUAUACCACAGUGAUUUAAUGUCAAAGACUUUUACCACUCGGUUUACGAACGCCCCUAUCAAUAACAAUAGCAAAGUAACUAUAAAACAGCAACAAGUUACCAAUGUUCAUGUCAAACAAUGGUUCAGCUGUUUUAUUUUGAUAGCAAACUUGAUCAUGAAAUGGAAUGAUGUAACAAUCGUUAAUGAAAAAGUAACACCACCAUGUCCUGUAUAACAAGUAUGAUAUCUAACCAAUUAAUUGUAAUUAUACCAACAUCAUUAUUGAUAUCUCUCCUAAUAAAACGCUUUUUAAUUAUGAUAAUUUUGGCAACUCUUGUAACAGUACCGUUUACAAAAUAGACAAAAAUACUAACCCAAUAGAACAAAAUUGAAAUCAAAAUUAUAAAUAUGUCAGCUACUAUUUUCCAUCCAGAAAUUUUACUUUCCAUUUUUCUUAUUAUAUCAAAACACUUUCCAAUGUAAAUUUAAAUAUUGCAAGCUUUUCUUAUAUAAACGUAUUAGUAAAUGACAGGAUAAUCCUGUCAACGAGAAAUAAAAUCACAUUAAACAACAUUAUUUUAUUUCUGUCAACGCUUCUACCGUCAAAUGCUUUGUAUAAAAAACGUAAACCAUUACAAAUAUCAGUCUUUAUAAAAGCAACCAUUUCUUUUCAUUCUAAUGCUGAGAGAAAUACUAAGAUAUGUUAUUGUUAAAAAAGUGGGGGUGAUAAUGUAAUUUCUUAAAAUACUCGUUACUGACAAAACAUAUUUAAGAAAAUUUCUUAUGGUCAUAUGAGUUUUUGAUGAUAAA